CAGCCACAGGUGGAGUCGCGUUGCUCACCUGCCGUUCCAGGAAAUGAGGCUUUGAUGAAGUCCACACAGCUCCGCUGCCGCUACCACACAGACAACACAAGCAUGACCGUCUCCUGGAAAUCACUGCCCACGUUCCUCCACAUCUGCUUACUCCUGUGCACCACUGGAGCGGUGAUCCAACAGUUCCAGCUGGAGCCUGCGAACCAAACAGUGCUGCAGGGCUCUGAUGUCAAGUUCAACGCCACCGUGCAGGGACAAUGGCUGUUCAUGACCUGGAGCGUCGGAGAUAAUUUGGUCCUCACUGUCCCUGUAGAAAGCAAUGGGACCUCAUCCUUACCACAGUUCUCUGCCAAAUUCUGCUCAACUGGUGACCCCAGCUGUGUGGAGUUCACCAUCCACAACGUCAACCGCAGUACCAAUGGGUUGGUCACCUGCAGCGUGCAGGGGGCUUAUGGAUCCAAGACUGCACAGUUUAACGUUCAAGAAAGUGGCACAGUCAACAUCCUGGGAGGGAACGUGACCGCGGACCAGGACCAGCAGGUGGAGUUCCAGUGUGUUACUACUGCUUGGUUCCCCAUACCCACAGUAAGCUGGACCCAAAACAGUAACGCUAUAGACAGCAGCCUGUACAACACCAGCAGCAUGGCGGAUGGUGACCUCUUUAACUCCACCAGUGUGCUCAAGUUCCAGGCAGUCAAAAACACCACAGUGGAGUGUUGUGCAACUUUGCCAGCGCUAACAAACCCACUGUCCAGCUCCGUCUCCUUGGUGGUUGUUCCCAAACCUCCUACAGUUCCCAAACCUCCUGACUGGACUGUGCUGAUAGCUGUGGUCGUGUCUUUUGGAGGUGCUGCUUUGCUGGCUUUACUCAUCCUCGGAAUCAUCUUCUGCUGCAACCGCAGAAAAGAAAAACAAUCCAACUACCAAGACGAAAUGAGCAGGAGGGUGAGGACACAGAGCCAGCUAAGUACAGUCAGUGAAGCUGCACUGAGACGGGGUCAAGCCAAUAGAGGAUUUGAGCCAGAAGGUCAAACAAGUGUCUCUCCCAGUGAACUCACUGACAGUGGCUCUUACCAGGCAAAUGGCCCCAUUGCUUACCAGAUGCCUGAUAUCCUCAACGGUGAACAGACAGGAAAUGGCUACAACAGUGCCCAACACACUUUGGACGGAUCAGGCUUUAGGAAACACAGACAUCUCACCUUUGUAUAAGGACAGAAAGAAAACCACAAAGAACUUGAACAGCAGCCUGAAGUCAAACUGGACUGCAAAUGUUGAAGAAAGGUGGACGAAGGCCUGGAUCUGCCCAGAGCAAAGACUGAUGGAAUAACAUGGAGUGGAUGGAGUCCCAAGUUGAGGCUGAUAUUGCAAAACUACUGGGUAUUACUCAAGUUAAGUUGCAGUAGCAGCAUCAUAACAGAUUAGCACUGACAAACAUGACAAACAACUACAGCAGCCUUCUGAUGCUGCUGCAUAAAAUGGUGAGUUUGUUCUCACAACGGACUAACAGGACUGGGGCCAUACUUCUUUCAGCCCUGUUUAUCUAGUUCAUGCUAAACCAUAUCUUUACAUCGAGAUAAUUAUUCAAAAGUCACCAUGUUAGUCUUCUUUUGUCUCUAAAUGUGUUAUAAUCUAAUACAUGUAAUUGCCUGUUCUGUGACUGGCAGCUUAUUUUUACAAUGUGAUAAAAGAAUUAUAUAUAAAACACUGUAAACUUGUAAAUGUUUCAAACAGUCCCUAUGAGGAAUUACACAUUUAUGAACUGUAUAAUAUGGUGUAAAAUGCUAAUUUAAUUUAUAUUUUAUAAUUGAGCCAUAUGUCUGCAUAAACUUGUAUGAAAAUGUAAAUAGAGGCCGGGCUUCUGCUCCCCUUACAAUUCAUGUGGGACCCUCUACAGCCCCAUUGAGAUGAACUAGCUAUAUUGAAUGUUUCCAUCAAAUCCAGUGAGAUCAGUUGUUCACAGAUUGAUUCAUAACUCAAUCUUUAUUUUUCAGACCAUUCUGAUCUCUGUCCAAGUGUCUGGAGACAGAGAGUUUGAACUUUCUGAGACAAAGAUAUUGAAAUAAACACACGUUCGACCUGGUGGUGGCACUGUU